AUGGUGGUUGACGAUGACAAUGACACCAUGAGGAAGAUGAGGGGGAACAAAAGAUCUUGGGGCGAGGAGGACAUCAUGCAGGACCACUUGCCGGACCCCAACAAGAACACAAAGAAGGCCAGGAAGGACUUCCAGAACCAGUACUUUGUGGGGGGCAUGAGAAACCCGAGUAUGGCUGUCAAGCGGCUGGGACUGGUCAAGGAAGCGGGACAGGACAUUCUACGCUUGUGGAACGCCUUCUUGAAGGAGAACCCUGCAGCUUUGGAAGCAGCAAGGUCUUGCGGCUCAGAUCGUUGCUGCUUGGACGACAGGGUGGCCAAAGACUGGACCUUACGGCUUGGGAGGCUCCUCAAGGUGGAGACGGGGUCAUCGGUCAAGUUGAAGGGCAAAUUUGGCUUUCAGUCUCCACUGAACGCCCCUAUGUGGAAGGCCUGGCAGAAGUACUCCCGAGACCCCGAUGAGCACUUGCACGUGUGGGCCGUGACGGGUGCUCCUCUUGGCAUGGACGCUGAGAUACCGGAUUCUGGAGGCGUCUUUCCGCCGGCAGAGGAAGAGUCCGAGCAGGCACAAUUAGCCCCAGAGCUGGAAGUGCAACUUGGCAUGGGCAAUUACAAAUCCAUGCAAGACGAUGCUGAAGGUGCACGACAAGAACUGGACAGACUGGUGUCCAGAGGGUUCGCCGCCUACCUGACGAAAGGGGAGGCGAGACAACACUUCCACAGGGCCAUCCUCAGCAAGUUGGCCCUUAUUACAAAGGCGAAGGACUCCGGAGUGAAGAAGCUGCGGAUCAUCAUCGACCUGCUCCGGUCGGGAGGCAAUGAUCGAGCGAGAGUGCCCGAGAGGAUCAUUUUACCAAGAAUCUCUGACGUGGUCGGCUCCCUGAGGGAACUCUACCGGCUACGAAUCCGAAUGACCAAACAUGGGAGCGAGAACUGGGAGUUUGAGCUCAUCAGUGCCGAUCUGGCGGACGCCUACAUGCACUUCGGAGUUCACCCAUCAGAGCUUCAAAACUGCCUGGCGACCGGCUUGGAGGAAAAUGAGCUGGUGCUGUUCCAGGCAAUGAGCUUUGGAUUCAAGGGCGCGCCAUUGGUGAUGGGCCGGCUCUCGGCAGCAGCAAUGAGGCUGUUUCAGGCGAUGAUGCCUGACUCCCAGGGUCAGAUCCAAUGCUACAUGGACGACCCCCUCAUGGUCCUGCAGGGACCGCCACACGAGAGACAGGCCAUUCUGGCCAUGAUCAUCUACACAGCCCAUGCCUUCGGCUUGCAGCUGUCCUAUGGCAAGGCGGAGAGGGGCACCAAGCUCUCGUGGAUUGGGGUCAACAUCGGGGUCGACGAGGUGAACAAGCUGAUCAUUCUCAGUCCUCCGGAAAAGUUGGUUUCGGAGGUCACGUUGCGUUUGAGGACGUGGGACUCCAUGCUCAGCUUGAAAUCCCUGAAGUCAACGACGGGGAAGUUGAGCUGGAUUGCGGGGAUCAUCCCGCGGUGCCGGUGGGCGGUGUCCAUCCUCUACGGUGUCAUCGCAGACCAUGAGCGCGAUGUGGCAUCGGGGGCCGAAGCUCGAAGGGCAGCCGCCAGAGAAGAUCAAAGAGACAAGUCAGGUCUCGUGCCGGCAAAGAGAAUGCGCCUGGCCAGAGAAUGGCUGCUCAAGAUGCUGGAGGCACAGGAAGUGUGGCGGGCGAGAAAAGCCCCCCUGGUUGACGAGGCCGCCAUCACGACGGACGCAUCCCCCCUGGGCUUGGGCGCAGUCCUGUCCGCCAUCAACCACGGAACCCAGGAGCUGGUGCCAUUGGCAGCGGUGAAGGGCAAAGUCACCAGGAACAUGGCGGCGACGUUGGGCAUCAAACACAAUUCUCGGAUGGCCCCGGGAUCAGCCAUCGCAGACGGCAAACGUUCCAGAGCAACACAAGAGGGGCGGGACGAGCCGCGGACAGUCGCGGACUCCGGCGGACAUUUCGCGGACUUCGUCAUUUCCUCUGGGCAGGUCGGUGCACUGGUGCAGCUCGACCAGAUCAUUGGCAAUGGACUGCUGAAAUAUCUCUAUGUGAUAACUGUCCAGCAGGACCUCGCAGCGCUUCCACUGAUCUGUCCAGCCGCCAAAGACGAAGCAACAAAUGGUCUGCUGCUCGAUGCCAUCUUCUUGGCAGACCAGACCCCAAUCUUCUUUCAGGCCGUCUUGGAGGCGUGGACAGUCUUGCUGGCCAUUCGGUACUGGGUCUUCAAACUACGUGAUCAGAAGAUCCUCCUGAAGGCAGACUCCACGGUGGCCUUGGCAGUCUCAAAGAAGCUCUCGUCUUCUACCCCAACGCUGAAUUGGGUGGGCGCUGAGCUGGGCCUGGUCUUGGAGACCCACAGCAUGGGCGAGCUGACCAUCCACCACCUGGCGGGCAAGUUGAACGUGGUGGCAGACCACCUUUCUCGCCCUGAUAAGGAGGGCCCUCCGCCAGGUUUAGGCGAUGUCCAGGCCCGAGUCAUGAAUGAGGCUUGGAUGCUGGAUAGCCGAUUGCCUCCUCCGGGGGUGCAGCCGGAGUUGUGGGGAAAGACCCCAGGUGGAGGACGACUCCACCUUGUCUUGGGCACAACUGGCUGGGUGUGCCCUAUGCUGUCUCUGCUGUUACGGCGUCGGCACGGCGAUGGUACGGGGCAGCAGAUUGAUCUGGGCGCGGUUCUGGACCACAUGGCAGGGAGUGGCGCCCAAGCUGAAGGAGAAAAUUCAGGAGAAGGAUUCACCCCAAAUCCAAGUCCCAUCACUGGUUCGGGAUCAGAGCGCACAAACGGACCAGGGGACCUAUUUUGGCUCCUCCCCAAAGCCAAGGCAGUUGGACACUCCCAGAAAGGCCGUGAGGAAGAACAUCCUCUUGGACAUGGCUCAAAGAGCUCAACCAGUGAUCCAGGAAGUGGAGGCCAGAAAACACUGGUCAACACAGAGCAGGGAAAACCCAGCCCAGGGAGAAACGUGCUGACCGGACAGAAGGACAUGGGCAUCCUCCAGAUCGCCAAGAUGGGCUCCUUCCAGAAGAAGGUAGCUAUCUUCCGAAACAAUUUCUUCGCAGCCACAUCAGCGAGAUCCCGGGCAUGCAAGCGUGCGGAGGUGGUUAAGCUGGCGAAAUCGGUGAGUGGGAGGAACAGCAUCCUGCCAUUGAGCAAGGAGUUGGUAGAGUCGGUCGCGGCGGCUCUCAAAGAGUCAGGCAUGAAAUCUGGCUCCCAGUACCUGAUAGAACUCAAGCUCAUGCAUGUGGAAGCGGGCUACGAGGUAGAGGCUUGGCUGAAGAGGACCUUUGACCUCUGCAGGAAAGCUCUGGACAGGCUUAGAGGCCCCCCUGUGAGAGCUGCUGAGGUGAGAGUGGCCUCCUGGGACUCUGAAGCAUUGGAGGCCAGAACAGUGGGCAAGGGCCUCCCGGAAACAACUCGUCUAGCCUUCGCCUGGGCUUCAGUGUGGAUGCUGAGGGAAAUCGAGCUCCGCAAGAUGAAGUUGCAGGACAUCACCUUCCCAGGAGAGGUGUUGUGGCAAGAGUCCUUGCUCACCUAUGUGCCCAUGGGCUCUGGGUUGGAAGGUGGAAAUCCAAUGUGGUCCUCCAGUAUGCAGAGGAGGCUUUACAAGAGAAAGCCAUCUCCGUCCCGGGUCUACAUGCCCAAGAGGAGGCCUACUCCAUUCUCUACAGUCACCCCGAUAUCUUUGGAUGGUGACAAAAGCAAGAGGAUGGAAGGGCCGCCCAAGACACCUGGUGACGAAAGCAUCUUGGAAUUUGGGAAUGUCCUCGUGGACAACGGCGUGCGGGUGGAAUUUCGCUCUGAAGUCAUCAGACUUCUACUUUGUAUCUGGGGCCGUCACGGACAAGCUGAAGUGCACCAAAUGCUGCGCUCUGGAAACGCCAAGAAAGAAGCGCAGACAAACAUGACUCACCAGCUGUUGAAAAUUGAGAACUUGGAGGGAGGGUGGGUCAGAUAUGUCUGCUCCGCAGGCCAGGAGGCUUGCGUGUGUCACAUGAGCACAAUGGCCGGUGCCAUAGGUUCAGCCGAUGGAUCGUCGCGAGUGUUUUCUGGAGAUAACGAGGAUGGCAAAGAGUACAAGAGAUGGAAGGUCUGGGUAACGAACAAACUUCUUACCUUAGAUAGCAAGGUGUCAACCAAAGCUCGUGGAGCGUAUGUGUACACUUUGCUUUCUGGAAAAGCUUUAGAGUGUGUUGAACAUCUAGAGCCAAGUGAGUACCAAGUUGAAAAUGGUGAGCAAAAGCUGUUUUCCUUGCUGGAUGAACGUUUUCCGCAGAAGGAUGCCAGUGACGAGAUGAGUGAGACGCUCACCCAGGUUUUCAAUUUGAAAGCUGCCGAAGGCGAAUCUCUGAAGGUGUGGAUUUCCCGCGCCACUGAGCUGUUUGACCGUUGCAGUAGAAAAUGCCAAGUCACCUUUCCGGAAGAGGCAAAAGGAUGGAUUUUGCUUCAUCGUUCAGGCCUGAAUGAUGAGCAGAAGGCUGUUAUUUUGGCCCGUAGCGGUGGGGUCAUGAAGCGUGAGACUGUUGGAAAAGCAAUGAGGUCGUGUUAUCCCGAGUUUACAGCACCAAAGAGAAAGAUGUUUGGAGCUGGAUUGAUAGAACAUGAUCCACCUAUGCCUGAAGAACACGAGGAUGAUCCUCUUUUUCAGGAGGUAGAAUCUUUUCUGGCAGAACAUGAAACUCUCUUGCCUGGAGAAGGUGAUGACGAAGAUGUCUAUGAGGAGGCAGAGGUAGCUGAAGCCCUUGCCGUUUCCUGGAAAGACAAACGCAAAGAGUUGUCAAAGAUGCAGAGAUCGAGACGUUUUGGAGCUGCUCAAGACCUGAAAAGGUCUUAUCGCGUAGAAAUUGAAGAACUCAAGCGCAAGACGCGCUGCCAUCGCUGCAAUCAAAUUGGACACUGGUCCAGAGACUGCAAACAAUCUAAGAAGGGAAAGGGUCGAGGAUCAGCACAAAAUAGUUCAGCCAAGGGUUCCGACUCAGGUGCUGCUUUGGUGCAAACUGUCGAAGAACAUUUUGUAGCUGCAGUUCAAUGUGAGGAUGAUUCACAUAGCAUUUUGAGGCUUCUCAAGUCUCGCCGUGCCGCUCGUGAAGUGCAGUUUGCUGAAUCAUGUGUGUCAAAAGACAUUCAGCCUGAAAUUUUUCUGGUGAGCUCUCCUGGUUUCGGUGUCAUCGAUAGUGGUUGCGGAAGAACAAUCAUUGGAGAAUCGACGUUGGAAGAGUUCAAACACAUGUGGACUGCUCGUGGCAUCGAAGUGCCACCACCUGCACGUGAGAUCAACCACUUCAAGUAUGGCAAUGGAGAAAGAGAAACAUCUGAAACUGUCAUGAAACUUCCAGUGGUCAUCGCCGGUGUCACUGGAACCAUUAAGGCUGCGGUUGUCAAGGGACAAGCUCCUCUCUUGAUUUCACGUAGUGCACUUCAAACACUGAAAGCUGUUGUGGAUUUUGGUAACAACAAGAUGCAUUUGUUUGAGAGCAAGGCCACUGUCCCUCUUCUCACCAAUGAAGCUGGACAGUAUAUCAUCAGUGUUGUGAGUGAUUUGAAUCAGGAGACAUCCUCUGAGUCUUUCCAAGAGAUCAUGAUGAACGAAGUGAAUCCGAAGGUAGCCACUCAGGAUGGCUCAAACGAUGUGCCUGCAGCUGAACUACCUGAUCAAUCGUCGCCCGACGAUGUGCCCAGCGAUGUGAACUCUCCAGAGGAAAAGGUGAUCACCGCUGAGUGUCUGCCUGUGCAUUGCAUCCGUCAAUUAGAAGCUCAGGUGAAAAAGCCAGUGGAGGAGUCCAAGCCUAGUGUAGGAAACAAACCUUUUCUUGUGGCUGAGGUGUUUUGUCCUCCGCGUUUUGCUCCUCUGAUUCAUGGUUUAGAUGCUGAGUGCAAAUCAUACGAUCUCAAGACAGGCUACGACUUUUCUCAAGCAGAAGUGCGUGAUUCCGUAGCCGAAGAGCUGCGGACCAAUCCACCGGAUCUUUUGGUCCUAUGCCCACCAUGCACUGAUGAAGGCGGUUGGUUCAAUUUGAAUGCUUGCCACAUGGACCCCCAGGAAUAUAUUAGAAGGGUUCGUCGUAGUCGCAUGUUCAUUUGA